UUUACAAUAUGAAACUACUCAAAAUAAAGUACCUAAUGAACAGCAAAAUUUGAACAUAGAUGAAAACUUUGAAAAUAGUUCUGAUAAAAGCUCCUCUGAUAAAAAUAAUAAACAAUCAAUAAUUGAUAAAAUCAAAAAGGACUUACAAUAUAAAGUUGAUAAUAAUACCAAAUUUACUUCACCUUUUGAAGGCUAUAAGGAUUAUAAAAUCUUCAAAAAUAUUGUUUAUAAAAUUGAAUAA